AUGCCAGGCCACAGUGCCUAUAUGAUGCCAGGCCACAGUGCCUACGAUGCCAGGCCCCAGUGCCUAUAUGAUGCCGGGCCACCGAUUGCCUAUAUGAUAACCAUGAUAACCCACGAUAACCAGGCCACCGAGUGUGCCUAUAUGAUAACCAUGAUAACCCACGAUAACCAGGCCACCGAGUGUGCCUAUAUGAUAACCACGAUAACCCACGAUAACCAGGCCACCGAGUGUGUCUAUAUGAUAACCACGAUAACAAUAACAAUAAAAUGACAAAAAUAUGAGAAAUGAGACCCCGCAGUGUUCAGAUGACUGGGGGGGUAAUACAGAUACAGGAAGGACGGAUUUGAGCGUUUUUUCUUGCAU